AACUUGGAAUCUGACUGUAUUGUUAAACCCCUGUGUGUUGUAGGAUGGUGAGCGAGCAGAGGAGGCUUACAGCAUCCUGCAGUCCCACUAUAAAGAGACAUUAAAACAGCGGGAUGAGUUACUAAUGGUCUCUCUGCCUGAAGCUGAGAGGAAAUACAAGCAGGCGAUGAAGACGAAUGCCCAGCUGGAGAAGGAGAAGUCCAAGCUGAUGUCCAGGGUGGACACACUGCAAGGCUCAAUGCAGCAGCUGGGUCACCUUCUGUGUGAGACACGCACAGAGUGUAUUGAGGCAAAGAGGAAAUAUGAAGUAGAGCAGAAAAUCUGUAAAUAUGUGCAGAACAAACUUGACGAGAAGAAGGCAAAGCGUAAGGAGAAGCUCAUGACACUAAGGGAGUCUCUAACUGCAGUUAAGGAGAAAUAUGAGGAAGCGAUGGCGUACAUAAGCCAAGUGGAAGACGAGAACUCCAGUCUGAGGUCUGAUGUGGAAACUCUACAAGACUCAGUGCAGGAGUUGGACAGAGAGCUCGCUGUGUCCCGGAUAACGUGUAAAGAGUUAACAAGAGAAUGUGAUGGAGCAAAACAGCAGCUGAGGAUCCUGCAGUCUGAGUGCAGUGAGAUGAAGGACAUUUUACUGAAGGACUGUGAGAGAAUGCCAGAGGUUCACCGUAUGCUCAUGUCACAAAAUGAGGUGAUAAAGAAGUUGUUAAAGCAGAAUGAAGAGUUAAUGCAGGCCUCUCUGGAUGAAGCUGAAAGCAAAUAUGAGAAGACAGUGAUGACCAAUGCUGAGCUGGAGAACAAGAACUCUGACCUGAUGUCCCUGGUGACCACGCUGCAAGGUACAGUGGAGGUGAUGGAGAAGAAGCUCGCUGAGACAUGCAGGACAUGUGAAGACAUAAGGAGGGAGUGUGAGCAAGAGCGGGAGGCUCACGUUAAAGAGAAGUUACGUUGUGCAGACUUUAGGAAAGCUUUAAGUGAGUGCAGUCAGUUACUAAAGGAGAAUGAACAAGAGCUCGGAGCUCACAAUAUCCUGAUAUCACAGUAUGAUCAGAUGACUUUAACACACAAUGAGAAGUUACUAAAGAAACAAAUGGCUGAAGCUGAGAAGAGAUAUGAGCAGGAAAAGGAGACCAAUGCUCAUCUGGUGAAAGAGAAGUUAGAUCUGAUGUCCCAGGUGGAGAAUCUGAAAGGCAAAGUGGAGGGUUUGGGUGAACUGCUGGCUGAAAAACGCAGGCAGUGUGCUAAGGCCUUGUUGGAGUGUUCCAUUGCAAAGAGCAUUCAAACUAUGACCAAAUCCAAGGAGGAGACUUUAGAGCAGGAAAAAGAAUCAAUUAGGGUCUCUCUGUGUGAAUCUGAGACGAAGUACAGUGAGGUGAUGAAGACCAAUACUAAGCUGGAGAAUGAGAACAGUACCCUGCAUUUCACUGUGGUCAGACUGCAAGACUUGGUGCAGAACUUAAAGAAAGAGCUCUCUGCGACCAAGAGAACGUGUAAUGCGGCACUGAGAGAGUGUGAGCAAGAGCGGGAGGCUUACAGCAUCAUGCAGUCUCAGUGUGAUCAGAUGAAGGAAACUCUAUCUGACCAAGAGAAAUCUCAUACGGUCUCUCUGGCAAAAGCUGUGGAGAAAUACAACCAGGCGAUGGAGUCCAACGUUCAGCUGGAGAACGAGAAGUUGGACCUGAUGUACCAGGUGCACAAACUGGAAGGCACAGUGCAGCAGCUGGAGGAGAAGCUCUCUGAUUCAGCCAUGAUGUGUGGUGCCAUAAAGCAGAAGUACGAGCAAGAGCGGCAGGCUUACAGCAUCCUGAAGUCACAGUACAAUCAAAUGAAGGAAACUCUACAACAUAACGAUGAGCCACCGAGUGCAUCUUUGGCUGAAACUGAGGAGAAACAUGAGCCGGCGAUGGAGUCCAGUGCACAGCUGGAUGACGAAAAGUCUGAGCUGAUGUCCCAGGUGAACUCACUAUGAUGUUUAGUGCAGCAGCUGGAGGAAGAGCUUUCUGAGCCACGCAGGAAUUGUGAAGAGAUAACAGAGGAGAGAGAUAGAGAGCGCGAGGCUCCUAAUACCCUGGAGAUGCAG